UUUUUUUCUUUAAAUCUGCAGGUUGCAAUAAAAAUAAUAGACAAAACAAGGUUAGACCCAAGCAAUCUGGAGAAGAUUUAUAGAGAAGUUCAGAUAAUGAAGCUUUUGAAUCAUCCCCACAUUAUCAAGCUGUAUCAGGUUAUGGAGACAAAGGAUAUGCUUUACAUUGUUACUGAGUUCGCAAAGAAUGGAGAGAUGUUUGAUCAUCUGACCUCCAAUGGGCACUUGAGUGAAAGCGAAGCGCGGAAGAAGUUCUGGCAGAUUCUUUCAGCGGUGGAAUACUGUCACAGCCACCACAUAGUGCACAGGGAUCUCAAAACGGAGAACCUCCUGCUGGAUGCCAACAUGAAUAUCAAGUUAGCAGACUUUGGCUUUGGAAACUUUUACAAGUCAGGAGAACCCCUCUCCACUUGGUGUGGAAGCCCACCCUAUGCAGCUCCAGAAGUUUUCGAAGGCAAAGAAUAUGAAGGUCCUCACCUUGAUAUAUGGAGCCUUGGGGUGGUGCUCUAUGUCCUCGUCUGUGGUUCUCUGCCUUUCGAUGGACCCAAUUUACCAACUCUGAGGCAAAGAGUGCUGGAGGGGCGGUUCCGCAUCCCUUACUUCAUGUCCGAAGACUGUGAAACACUAAUCCGACGGAUGUUGGUUGUGGACCCAACCAAGCGAAUAACCAUUUCCCAGAUAAAGCAGCACAAGUGGAUGCAAGCUGACCCGUCCCUUCAGCAGCAGCAGUCUUUGUCCUUCUCCAUGCAAAACUACAACUCCAACCUGGGUGACUACAAUGAGCAGGUCCUUGGAAUCAUGCAGACUCUUGGCAUCGACAGGCAGAGAACCGUUGAGUCUCUGCAAAACAGCAGCUACAACCAUUUUGCUGCAAUUUAUUACCUGCUCUUGGAGCGCCUCAAGGAGUAUCGAAGCAGCCAGCUGUCGAGUCGUCCAGCAACUGGCCGUCAGCAGAGGCCGAGGAGCUCCGAGAUCAGCAAUGUUGAGAUGCCUCAGGACAGUCUCACAAGUGAAACCCUGCGAUCAUCUCUGCUUUACCAGCAACCUCAGAGCCUGAUUCAGCCAUCCUUGCAGGCAGAAAUGGACUGUGACAUGAGCAACCCAUUACAGCCUAUGUUCUUUCCUGUGGAUCCCAACUUCAACGGGCUCUUCCGGAACCGCUCCAUCUCCCCCAACAGCCUGCUGGAGACCACCAUUAGUGAAGAAGUAAGGCAAGAGAAGGAGCUGGAAGAUGAAAUUAAGGCGUAUGACCACCCCAUCCGCAUCCCUAGCAACACCAGCCGGAGGCACACGCUGGCUGAAGUGACCACUCAUUUCUAUCAGCAUGCCCCUCCAUGUAUAGUCAUUUCCUCUUCUGCAAGCCCCACGGAGGGAACUAGUUCAGACAGCUGCCUUACUUCAUCUUCAAAUGACAGCUCAGUGGCCCUGAGCAGCUGUUUGGCAGGUCAGGUAAUGACGGGGAGCCCAGCCACAGCUAGGAUGACAUCACCCUUCCUAGCUUCCCAGUCUGACGCUCCAGUGUUACAAGCCCAGGGCUGCAUGGGAGGUGCUUCUCUCCUGCCUGUCAGCUUCCAAGAAGGAAGGCGAGCAUCUGAUACCUCAUUAACUCAAGGCUUGAAGGCUUUUAGGCAGCAGCUGCGGAAGAACGCUCGAGCCAAGGGGUUUCUCGGCUUGAAUAAAAUCAAAGGCUUUGCUCGGCAGGUGUGUCAGUCCUCCUCAUCUCGGGCAGCAAGGAGUGCCAUGAGCCCUUUCCAGCACACGCAGCCCAACACCUGCGUGUACAGCAGCGGUGGGAGCAGCAGGGAAGGCAGAAGCCUGCUGGAGGAGGUGCUCCAGCAGCAGAGAAUGCUCCAGCUCCAGCAUCACCAGCUACUCCAGACAGCUUGUCCCCAGACUUCUCAGACGUCUGCAACACAUGGCGCUCCCCCCUCUGAUAGCGUAGGUACCUGCAAAGCAUCCAAUUCUCUUCUGCUGUCAGAGCUGCAACGAGAGAACUCCUUUGAGCUGGCCUUUGCUGGCAACAGCCAACUGCUCCAACCUCAUUUCUUUGGCAUCAGCGUGUCACCGGUGUCUUCGGCGGCUCAACUUCUAGCCACGCACCUGUACAUCAGCGGCAGCGUCUCUCCGGCGGGCACCACCUUCCCGCAGCCGCUGGGUUUCUCUGCGCAGUCUCCAAGCUAUGACGCCGUCGCUCUGCAGCACGGGGACUGUGAGAUGGAGGACCUGACUUCCAACCAGCUAGGGAAGUUCGUCCUGGUGAAAUAAGAGCGCCGGCUGCCGUGGCUUGCGCUGCUCUCGUCGUGAAGAACUUUCACCGCUGUUCCGUGGCGUGUGUGGGUCCGUGGCCGGCUGGUGUCGCGUGGACGAGUGACUCCCAGAAGCAAUAAAUUUCGAAGUAUGUGAAGAGGCUGCCUGGCUCGGAAACCUAGCGACUUUGUAGAACUGAAACAAGCAAUAUGUAUGUCUUUUUUGCUUCUACUAUUCUUGCACUGAACAAAUACGAAUAGAAACUGAAUUUUUUUAAAGGAAAAAUAAUGAUGGGGAAGAUGGGUGGGGCAUUUGAGGGGGCAGGGAGGGAUGUGGUUGGGGAAGAACUCUUCGGUACUGUACUCAAGUCAGACCAAUACAGCUCCGCUGUUAUGCAAGGUUAGCAGCCGUCAGUCAUGGUGACACAGCAGGGAGAGGCCUUUCAAAGAAGGGACCAGAGCCUCCCUUUUUCACAAUAUUCAUUUAUGGGUUUGUGAAGAUGAUUACCUCUUUUAAAGAAAAUAAACAAAACCAGUGGCAUGCAGCAUUAUGUAUUCAUAGAAGACAAAAAUGGAAGCAUUGCCAUUUGUUGGUUUGUUGGGGUGGGUUUUUUUUUCUCCCCCCUCCUGUUAACACCCGUUUUAUUUAAAGGAACCAACAUCCCCAUUCUGCACCUCCUAGAUACGUAUAUUUUAAAUGAAAACUGUGAAAUUCCGGCUUGAUACAUCAGCUGGAAAAGCUUAACACACACACACACACCCCUGCCCCCUUCUAAUGAGCACAGAAGCAAGUCACCUAUAGAAAACGUAUCCCUUGAUACCGGGCUCUAAUUGCACGAUGCCUGGUCUUCUACAGGGAUGCUUGUUUGGGGGCAGGCGGGUCACCGAUUUGGUCGGUCUGAAUGACCUUUAGGAAUCCGUUGGGUUUCUUUUAAAAACGCUGAGUUUUUUCACGUUCUUGCAGAGGCACUGAGGAGGGAAGCGUUGGUCCAGGUGGGGUGAUGGGAAGGGUUUUCUGCUUUUUUUUUUUAAAAAGCCCUCUGGGAGGUUGCCUGCGAAGUUGCCUGAGGGGUGUUUCUUAGGUCUGCACAUUGUUAUUUCCGCUGCUAAUUACAUUUAUAUGCAUUUCAUUAUCAGGGUCCAAACAGAACUGACUCUUGGGGAAAUGUGCAAUAUUGAGGUUAUAAUUAUAUACUGACAGAAGACAAAAGGAAUAGGCUAGGGCAGAAUUCUACUCUAACGGAGUACAGCUAUUUCUGAACAAAACUGUAUUAAAAGCGAGUAAAACAGCACAAUCUUUGGGUGUUUGUUUUCGGUUGGUUUGGUUUUUUGGCAUAUUAGCAAAAUGAGGUUUUGGAUUAGAUAGGUGUUUUUUCGUAUGGUUUUUAAUACUGUAUAUGUAUAUAGAUAGGAAGCAGAAAACUAUGUAACACUAGUUGUUUUUUGUUUUUUGUAAUAGGCUUAUAUUGUGUUUCUGGUAUAAACCCCGCUCCCCUCCCAAGGCGGAGCACGACUCCUGCUGGUAUCAGCAGCAGUUGUGCUGGGGAGCGAAGGGGAGGACAGACCGCGCUCCUACGGACGGCCGUGAGUAGGGUAGGGCGCGCAGACUUUGGGAGCAGGUGAGCAGACAGCGAGCCGGCUUGGCUGGAAGCUGCCAUCCGAACGUCAGGAAGUAGCUGCAUUCUGUCGAAGCGCUUCAAGGGGCCCAUCUCCCUCGUGUGACACAGGGUGCCUUCACGUUACCUUGGCUUCGUGCAACCUGCAGUAUUACGCAUUUGCAAAUAAUAUAGAUACCCCUUUUUUUUCGUUUGUUUGGGUUUUUUUUAAAUAAGAAAAAAGCCAAAGAUCGAGCAGGUUAAUUGGUGGGAGUAGGGUCAAAGAUGUCACGUGGCUCUGCCUGUGGCCCUCCGUGAACGACCUCUUUAUCCGUGUGUUGUCCUGUGUGUCUGUGUCGGUGUGUCUCCAGCUUGCCACUGCUGCUACAUGGUCUGGGAGCUUCCAAGUGAGAGAAAAUUGCUUGGGUUGAAUUUCUGUUAACGAGUGGUGCCUUGCAGCAGAGAAAACACCAAAGUCUCAUGCUCACUUUAAGUGGUUUAAAAAAAAAAUAAAAAAAGAAACUUAAACAAAAAAAAACCCCAAACAACCCAAAGACGGGUUGCCUGGAGAGGAGGGCAAGAAGCAGCCAGCUCAUCACAAAGCAGCAACUUUGCCUUCAGUUUUGUAAGGGGUGGCACACGUACUUAAAACACAGUUUUCUCUUCAAUAUUCGUUUGGUUUAACGCCAUGGAUCAAAAGGCCACAGAUUCUUCUGUUUCCUGUCCUGAGCAAUGACGAGCACUUUACUUUCAUAGUAUUUUCUGUUUGUUUGUUUGUUUGUUUGUUUUCCGAUUGCUGUAGAACCUCUUUGGAAUUAUUGCUGGAGCAGAAAGAGGUCAUUUUAAUAUGUUUGGGUUUUUUUUGUAGAUAUCUCGACAGUGCUGUUCUGCAGACUGCAAUGCAAUAGGGUAUUUAAGGACACUAUGUGAUUGGUUUAAUUGAGAUGUAUAGUUUAUUUUUUAUCAUGACUGAACAAUCAUUUUAUUUCUUAUGUUAAAACGAGAGGUGUACACCGAAAUGAUUAGUUGAUGUGUUUUAUUUAAUAUUUAAAUAAAAAAUGUUUUAAAA